ACUUUUGAAAAAAAAAAAAAAAAAUCUUUUGUUGAACUAUUAGAAAACGUGGCUGGAGGACGGAGAUUUCAUCUAAGCUGUGUUAGCAAUUACAAUUAUUAUUACAGAAUAGAUAGUUAAAUAGAGAAAUUAUUAAUUGAGUAGAAGUGGAACAUUGUAAAGAUUGUUUAAAAAAAAAUAUUGCAUGAAAAUAAGUGAGUGUUAUAGGCUAUGGUUCAAACAGUUUUUAAAGGCUCUGUGAAUUCGUCCUACCAACUUAGAGAAUCCAUCGAUAAUAACUGGUUCCUGCAGAGUACAUUUUAAUCCAGGGAUGUUUAGACCUGUGCUACCAUUACAUUGUGUGCUUCAAACAAGCCAAGAGUUUAGCCUGAAUUCACGAUGUAAGUUUUACUUUUUCUAUGUAUUUUUUAAAAUUACAACACUAAUUUAACUAUUAGUAUUAUAUAGUCAUUGAAUUAUAUUAAGUGUCCAAAACAGCAUAACGUCAUUUAUGGAUGCCCCCCUAAAUGUUCUGGGAGCGAAUGUUGGAUGCAACUCAGCGCUCAGUAAACGACAAUAUAUUAUUUAAUCAACUCGUUGUUUUCGACGACCCUUUAUGUAAAAUCUAACAAUUUUUUUAACAACUUAUAUUUGGUUUGAGAGCCCCUGGAUACAACACCGGCUAAGCACAUCUGCUAUGCGUGUGCGAUAAUCCGUCCGCCCCUAAGGACAUCAUUCUAUCCUAGUGGCGUUUCAGUGUCUCCGGUCACGGCUCCUGGCGCUGCUAUUCACGCUUCCGGUCGCAGUUCGAUAUGUUCAAUGUAACUAUGUCAACUGUGCCGGCUCACAACUUGUCAUAUACAGCAUUUUCAUUGCCUACAAACUCGUUGUUUCUUUCAUAUACACACACACACACACACACACAUCUAUAUACAUACAUACACAAUACACACACACACAAAUACAUUCAUAUACAAAGCAGUAUAUAGAAGAGAAGAAGAAAAAGAAGUAAAGGAAAUAACACACGCCGAAUAUUUUUCAUGGGAUGUUUAUCAUAAAGGGCGGCUUUUUUAGCGAAUGUGGUGGUGUGUGAUGACAGAAGCGAUGAGAGAAACAAAAUCUGGUUGUUAAAUUGAAGUUGAAGCUUAAAAAGAGACAUCACAUGAAUUCAAUGAAACCUUCCACUGUGUAAUAAAAACACUUUUGAAACGUAAUACAACAUUUUAAAACGAGAUAUUUGCUAGUCAAUAUUCGAAUGCGCUUUCAUAAGGGUAAACGGGAACAACGAGUUCCUCCAGGGCCGUUCUUAGGCAUACGCUGACUACGCAAUCCGCCUAGGGCCCCGAACGUGAGGGUGCCCCCGUGAGGCGCCCUCGAUACCCCGUUUUUUUUUUUAAAACUGGCACCGCAGCCGUCUGUGUCACUCACGACGUUACCUUCCUUAUCCUGAAAUUUAUCAUUCUGAGUUGAAUUCGGAGGCAGGGGAAGGGAAGCAGCAAGGGGAAGCUUUGGGGGUGGCAGACAGGAAAUCGGCAGAAUGGAGGUGCCGCAGUGGUGGGUGGUGUUUUCUCCUCAGCUCGAGGGAGCUCCACCCCGGACCCCCUCCUUCCGGGGCCCCCCCAACCUACGCUCCAUGCUUAGGGCCCCAAAACUCCUAAGAACGGCUCUGUUUCCUCAUCCCUGGAUUUCCCGGGAAAUUUCGGGAUAAAUUAAUACAAUUAAAAGUUUAGUAAGACCUGAAUUAAACUAUACAAGAGUUGAUUUUCAGAGUUAAUUGUUAUUGUCUGUGAAUCGUGAAUGAAUAAAAAUGCAUUGUCAGGGUUAAUUUAGAGGUUUGCCAAUAGCAACGAGUGCCUUGAUGUUCUAAUGUUUCUCCCUAUUAAUGGAUACCUAGAACAAGGAAAUUUUGAUAAAACCGCCAGCAGAAAAAAAAAUCUCAACCCCUUAUGAGUUUUGCAUUCUUUACAGGUCGCUAAUUCUGGUUUCGAAUCCGUAACAGGUGGGUGUUUUUUUUUCAAAUAAUAAAAUAAUUAUAAAUGUUUAUACAAUAAAUGUAUUAAGAAACAGAAAAGAUAACUUUUGGUUAUUUUCGGUUUCGGCCGAAAGUGAUGUAGGCUUUUAGGUUGUGUGCCAAUCCGAUAUCCAUUAUUGCUCGACGUUUUGCUAUCAUGGUAUGAUGUAUAACUAUUCCUCUGCGAGCACUGCUCACAGCUGCAUGAUGACAUUUUUGUCCAAUAUUUCCAAAAAAUAAAAUUACAAUUAUGCUUAGACAAAUGUAAUUAGCUUUGUGGGAAAAAAAAAACAAACUAUGGGAAUGGUAAUAUUUCUAUUAUUAUUUUUUGUUUGAUUAAAAAAAAAUUUGGGAACCCUAAUUCAGUUCAUUCAUUCGUUGCAUUCAUUUUGAUUUAUCAUUAUCGUAGGCAAAGGUAAAUGGUAUUGUGAAGAAAAAAAUCUUAGGAAAAGGUAUUUCCAUUAUUAUUGUUGUUUUAAUUUUAAAAUUAGGGAACCCAAAGCUUGCUUCAGGUGUAUUCAUCACUUUGGUUUAUUUUUUGGUUUAUUAUUCAUUUCAUGCAUUCUUUGACAUUCAUGAUUAUCGUGCUCAUAAAUUUUGUCAUAGGCAACGAAGUAAAAUGUUGAAAUAUCAAACCAAAUUAGUCACGUGCAUGGACACAAAUUCAAAGAAGGAAAUAAUGAACCUUUAAAAAUUGUAUUUCCCUCUUGUAUGAUUAGGCAUAAAUAAAUAAGCCUAUGAAUCUUAAGCCUACACAUACGUGUUCAUCUAUCACUGUUUCGUAUAUUCUCAUCUUAUAGGUAGCUCAACAUUCACUGUUUCGUAUAUUAUCAUCCUAUAGGUAGCUCAACAUUCACUGUUUCGUAUAUUAUCAUCCUAUAGGUAGCUCAACAUUCACUGUUUCGUAUAUUAUCAUCCUAUAGGUAGCUCAACAUUCACUGUUUCGUAUAUUAUCAUCCUAUAGGUAGCUCAACAUUCACUGUUUCGUAUAUUAUCAUCUUAUAGGUAGCUCAACAUUCACUGUUUCGUAUAUUAUCAUCCUAUAGGUAGCUCAACGUUCACUGUUUCGUAUAUUAUCAUCUUAUAGGUAGCUCAACAUUCACUCGACUUUAAAAAAAAAAUUGUGGGUCAAAUAAAAAAAUUAGCCGACCAAUGAUGAUUUGCGGAUAAACAAAAAAAAUGUCAACCAAUAAGAACGCGUGUUUCGACGAAAAUGUUUGGUUUGGCAGAACAAAGACUUAUUUCCAAGCUUAUUUCUUGACAUUUUAGUGGGCAAUGCCAUUAAACAAAAAAAAUGGCUAAACUUUCGAUCGAUACCGUUACUAAAUAUGUCUACGUAGCGUUUUAAUUAUAUUACAAAAGUAAAGGGCGCCCAGGGGUUUAUUUUGCAUGAAUUUAUUUCACUUACCAUACUACUUUAAAAUACAUUUUUAACAACUUUAAAUUAAUUUAUAAUUAUUUUUUUAUUUUUAAGUGGUAAAUGCCGUAGUAUCCAUUAAAUGUUCAAUAAGAAGAAUUCACGAUAAUAUCAAUUCUGAUUUAAAGUAUAUAAAUAUCUAUAUACCCCGCUCCCUCUCAUCCCCCCCCAGCUUGGAGAACGUGUGCGCGAACGAGUUUCGAAAUACCUAAUUGUUCGGUUUUGGCCGAAAGUCUCGUUUUGGCUUCGGUUUUGGGUGAAAGUCAUAUUCGGUCAGUCUCUAAUAGAUGUUACUCAUGUUCAACUAUGCUCUCCUUUUGCCCCAUCAAUAAAAUUAAAUGUACAGUUCUGCAGUUUUAAAAAUAUAUCUGAAUUGUCACGUUGUGUGGUCAUGCGUGUCACCGGUAUGUUGGACGCUAUUAGCAGAGACAGCUGUAAUCGUAACUAAAAUCUGCGUAAUGCAAUGACUCCACAACAUUAGUGAAAUGUUAUCUUAAACGACGUGCAUAUCCAUCUUUUUAGCGCAACCACCAGAGGUUCAGAAAGCAUGUUGAGAAUCAGUAUUUAUUUGAAAGGAUCAAGUGUAAAGACAUGUUGCCCCGAUACUCAGACCGUUAUCAAAAACGAAUAUUUUUGUCAAAGAAGUCUCUUGUGGAAAAUAACAUACUGAACUGAAAGUCUUUGCAUUUAGGUGGCCAAAGUCCUAGUUACAAAUAGCAAAUUGGUCUCUUUAGCGUCAACUCAACAUGAAUUGUAUGGUUUUCUCUAGUUUUACCACGGAUGACUGGUUUUCUUUUCUCUUCCGGAAAAAAAGAAAAAAGAAAGAAAUAUGAAGUGGGGAUUUUGGGUGAGGGGGUGGACUGGGUGGUAUCAAUUUGUUUAUGUAAGUGGCAACUGUAACAAUACUAAAUACCGCAGGCAGGCCGGGUCUAUUCCUCGUCAGAUGAGGUCGCUUAAGCUGGCACACGCUGGCGACUGACACGGGCUUGGUUAUCUUACAAAAAAUCUUCUGGCUAGUGGCGAAAUUGUUUAGCUGGUUUCAAGACAUCGCUUGUCCUUGACCUUUGGGUGCUUCUGAUUUCCCUUUCAUCCAUUUCAUCCUCAAAAACCAAAAGAAAAAUUUUUAAAAAAUUUAAAAAAAAUUAUCAGUUUUUAAAGUUGUGACAAUAAUUUAUCUUAACCAUAAAUAUUUCCAAAUGAAUGUAUUUGCAUAUAUUUUCCAUAAAGUGACGAAUGAAGAUCUUCGGAGGCCUCUUAGGCAGUCGACAUUUCGAAAUCUAUGCCUUAACAUUAUAUCAGAUGACAGCCUCUCAAAAUUCUCCCUUCUACAGUCUUAGGAAAAGCUUUUGACUUGUUUUGCUUCCUUUAAUUCUUCUUUUCCCGUACUUCUAUAACUUUCUAGGUAUGGAGAAACCCAAGAUUCCCCCCAGUAUCAUUACAUAACAUUACGUCUUAAAAUUAUGUUCACGUAAAUCAUCAAGCCAACUCCACCUAAAAAAAAACACCAAACCAAAAACUACAAACAAAAAAAGCAAAUAAAAUAAAAUUAAAAUAUAAAUAACUAAAAUGUAAAAAUCCAAAUUGAUUGGAUCCCAUGUCGUGGGUCUCCUAAACGGCGUGAGCCCCACUUAGGUUGAUCCUGCACUGUUUCCGAUGCUGGGAAUGUUUUCCUGGCGGUGCUGGCCUAUCCGAUAGAGAUAAGCUCGAAAGCGCAUGGCGUGUUGUUUACUGCGUUACCAGACCAAAACGAAAAUCUUCCGCUGAAUACAUUUUGCGUUGUUCCAGUCGAGGGGGUUGGGGGUCGGGGGGGGGGGUGGGGGGGGGGGGGGGGGGGGAGAAUGACGUAAAAUGAAGGGCUGGGGAUUAAUUCAUACGAAAUGGAGGGGUUGGAGACCGAAAAUGUUAUAUAUACCUGAUGCAAAAGGGUAUAACAAUUUGAUUUUUUUUUUAUAUAUGCUACUAGGAUAGCUCAUAUUCCAAGGGGACGUUUGUUUCUAAGAUUUCAAGAUUUUGUUGUUUGUCUUGUUUUAGCGAUGGUAUACUACAGCCGCUGGGAUGGCUUUAUCUCAGGCAUUCAGCCAAAGUAAGGACGCUCCAAAGACCUCAUCUCCUCGAUCCUUGUCCCGUCAAGUGGUAAGUUAACUGUUUCAGUCAUUAUUUUUGUAAAUAUCCUAAAUAAAGUUUGCUAAUCGUAAUUUAAACUUUCGACAGAGUAUUUUUCUAUGGUAGUUUGUUGAGGGCGACACUAUGGGGCUACCUAGACCUGUUAUCCGUCUAUCUAUAUAGUUACAGCUCUAAACGUUGAUUGAUAUUCUUUUUAAAAAUCAUUUUAAACAUUUUUGAUAUCUUGGUCUACUUCUGCAAAUAGAAAACAGCAGAUCGCUCUCGAUUUUAAGCCACAAUUCUCAACCUCCCAUUUUCCACACUUUUUAUGUUGACUUAAAAGCUACCCCAAGCUUUGAUUAAAAAAAUAAAUCAAUAAACAUCAAUAUUAAAGGUGUGGUCUAUAGACGAAAGUUCAGUAUUUUAUUCAAAGCGGCACCCUUUCCCGGAAUAUGUCUCUGUGUGGUUUAUCGGCAGUGGCGUAGGAAGGUGAUGCGAUGGGGGCAUAAGGGCUGCACUUAAAAAAAAAAAUAUUUGAGGGGUGGCAUUUUCGGCCAUUUGCGAGUUUGUUUUGUGGACCCCCCAAAAAAAAUGUCAGUGUGUGUGGGGGGGGGGGGGAGAGCCUUGGCUCACCCGUGUUGCACCAACCCUAGCUACGCCACUGUUUAAGAGUCAAAAGUUUAAAAAAUAUUUGGGGGGUGGCAUUUUCGGACAUUUGCGAGUUUGGUUUGUGGACCCCCCAAAAAAAAUGUCAGUGUGUGUGGGGGGGGGGGGAGAGAGCCUUGGCUCACCCGUGUUGCACCAACCCUAGCUACGCCACUGUUUAAGAGUCAAAAGUUUAGUUAGAGGCAGCCAUGACUUUAUUGUCCCAUUUUGACAAUGGUCUGGCUGGAUUUUUUUGUUACAUAGUUUUCAAGGUCACUUCCCAGUAUUACGCUUGUACAGAAGCUAGAGAUCUAAGGGAUUUCCUAAGCAUACUAGAAAAUGUUUAGGAAAAUUGUAUAUUUAACAGCAUACUGUUUUUAUUUGCUUCAUAUUUUUCUUGAAGUGAAAUUAGGAUUUACACAACAAAUAUAAUGCGAUAUAUAUAUAUAUAUAUAGUUUUGAAGAAUUCGAGGAACGUUUAAAAUAGUAAAAUCACUGCUUGUUGAUAGAAAAGUAUUUUCCCACCUUAAACACUCAUGUGAGCGAGACAAGAAACCCGUGGAGAUAUGCAUUUCAAGAGGCAGUAACUGGAUUUUUUUAUUAUUAUUAUUUUUUUUACAUUUUUUUUUUUUGUGGUCGGAAUUGAAACUCAUUAAAACACAUUUCAAAGCCUUAUUCGGGUGAAAAAGUACAGAAAUAUCAAUAACUUUGAUGUGCACAAAAAGUAGGUUGAGAAAAAUCAAAUUUGAAGGCAGUAAAACAGCACCAUCUCCUGUGGAGUUUUCAUGAGUGUUUCCUCACAGGUGAUGUUACCGAGCUUAUCUAGUGGUCAGUUGUUUUUUUUCCACCUUAAUGAUGGGCAUGCCUUUUAUUUCCAUUUACAAAUAAUUGUUAAGUAAAGAGGAGGUUGAUAAAACUUUAUUUCUUAUAGCAAUAUACAAUACAUUUAUGGGCAGUUAAGUUUUUGAAUUUUACCAAAACAGGAAAUUGCGUAAGCAGAGUCCUUUGUCCAGCUAAAUUAAAAAUUUGUUUUUAAAUUCAGAUUAUCUAUUCAAGCACAUGUCAUAUGCUUGUGUGUUGUUGUUUUUUUUGUUUUGUUUUGUUUUUUUAAACCUGCACUUGAAAGUGUCAAGGAAAGGCUAAUGCCAAAUUUUGGUUUUAAGUUUACCGCCCUUUAGAUGUCACCUCACGUGGCCCUAUUGCAUGCACCACUAAUCAAGUAGAAUGAACUGUUUACAUGUCGAACAGGAUGUGCUGUCAUUUGUUAACCCUGGGAACCAGACUAUUAGAUGAAACCCCUUGCUCGUAUGUGUGUUUACAAUACCGUUGUUACAGCUGCCAUCACUGAUUUUGUUGGUCGAACUGAGAUGGUGUCUUGGUCGUUUUUAUUUUGUUGAGAACCGUUAAACGUUUGUAUAGGUCUAUUAAAUUCACUAUUACACUAAAUAUAAACCCUUAAAAGUUUCAAUCAGAAUGUUAAAUAAAUUACACUAGAAUAUUACACUGACAUAUAAAAAACCCUUAAAAUUUUGAAUAAGUAUCGUAAAUAAAUUAGUGCUUUUACAAUAAAUAUAAAAGUUAUAAAAUUAAAAAAAAAAAAAAUUCGCUGUGUGGAGCAUCAAAAAGUCGUCAAGCAACCAUUUAUAAAUAAACGAUUGCUGUCUUUGCUAUGGUAAUGUAAUGCAUAGCCUUAUGAAAAAAUAUCGUCUGCUUUUAAAGUACAUGAUUAUUUCAUGUAGCUAGAUAAGAUCCCAUAGGAUUAUUCAUUUUAAGCGCACCAUCGAUUCGGCUGAAGUAGAGUCAUUCAAGCUUCAACAGCAUUACAACGGGGAUGUCAAACCUUCAUCUUGUCAGCGUAGGACACCAAGCUUACCCGUUGAAGAUGUCACGGUCUAUUUCUUUUAUUAAAAAAUUGAUUCUGUACAUAUAUUUAAAGACGCAUAUCCUUGCCUAACUUCCAAUCAAAUCAAUCAUGUACACAUUUGAAGAAAGUGAUGUGGUCAUUCAAUAUUUGUAAAAGUAGAGGUCAUUCUUAGUUCAGUAUAAAUGAGAUGUUUCUGUAAUCCGUGUGUGCACUUUAAACAAAGGAUAAGUGUUGUGCACAUAACAUUAUUCAAUGCAUCUAUUUAAAGAAAACAACUUAUGUUAAACUGUUGACGUAUGCCACGGUAUGCUGUUAUGUAAUCUGAUACAAAUUAUAUUUACUGUUUCUUAUCAUUUUGUAUAUGAAUGAAACAAUGUCCCAAUGUACUCCCAGGCCCGUUGCAUAGACAAUUCCAGGUCAAAUCAUGUUUAUUAAUGACCCUGCUUAGCUCAGCUGAGAACUAAUGACAAAUUGCAACGUAACAGGUUUUAAGUCUGGCAAACAGCGUGCCUAGGCUUUAGUGUAUACGGUUGAGGGUAGGGUUAGAAAAGUUAAUAUCUUCUCAUAUCUACGUCUACAGUUGUAAAAGAAGGAGAAAUACAUCAUAAAGAAAAUGAUAUUGGGCUACACCAAGCACGCGGGGGUUGAGUCGAAGAUUUUUGGUUCGAGCCGUCAACGUUUUCCUACCCCGCGUGUCAAAAUACCAGGUCUAAAUUGACAUCUUGGGCGUCGUCCACCCGUCUGUAUCCUUAGCAAACAACGCCCCCCUGUCGUGACGUACUCAUUACACCGUCAGUCGUGAAACAUGUGUAGUUCGGUUUUUUUUAGUAACUCUUUGCAUCAUUGUAAACGACCCAGUGCUUAAAUAUAGUUUAGUGAAUUGACUUUGCUGAACAUAACAUAGCCUGCUGUCAACCACUGGAGAUGAAUGAGUGGAAAUCUUAUCUGCAAUUUAUACAACAAACAUUUCGUCAACAAUUCUUAGUUCUUAUUUCUUUCUUCCUGCCAUGGGCAAUUAGCUGGACGUGACUACGGCAUACAAUAGCCGACAAUGUCACCAAAGACUCAAAACUCACCAAGGGGCAUCAUCACCUCCAGCCAGAGACCCCAUAAAACGGCCCAUUUCGCGACUAGACUGGCGCCGACGUAACAACAGAAGUGAGCCCCACCUCAAUGGAUGGGCAAAUAGCACAGCAGACAUGCACCCCAAUUUCCCCAGUUAUUCUGAGGGCAAUCUCCAAUUACCUUCACAAAUUUACACAAUUGCGGUAAUUACUUCUACUGUUCACAGCAGAGCUCAGCAACCUUUUUUCUCGCGCCACACACCUUAGGCCGUACAAGAAUUCCGCGGCACGCGACAAGUAAAAGCAUGUAAAAUUAUACCAAAUAACAUAAUUCAUUUUUAGUUAACAUUCACAAUGGCGGUUAAUGUUGAAAUGUAGAAGAUUACACUGUAAAUGUGUGUUUUAAAUGUCUUUAUUGGACACAUUUCUGUUAUAACAAUGUUUAACAGGCUAUCCAAUGUCUCUUUAAUAUCAAGACAGCUUAAUCACACUGACCUAACUUGAUAUUAUCUCCUUUUGGAGGCGCGGCACACCUGGCACCAUUCCGCGGCACACCGGGCACAUUUCGUGGCACAUCGGUUGCGGAGCUCUGGUCUACAUUGAUGAGCUUAUUUAAUGCUUAUUUAUAUUGAUAUAAGUACAUUUAAAACAGCGAAUGCAUUGGUAACGGCUCACCACGUUUGUUGUCUACACUGCAAAAUGCAUUAUUUAACCUUUCACACUGCUACAUUCUUUCUUUUUGUUGUAUGGCUUCAUACAUACAAACAUAGAUGUACAUUAUUAAAAUGACUGUAUUAUUGAUAAUAGAGAACGUUUUAAUAGCCACUCUGGUGUCAGCUUUAUUUGAUAACAUUGCAGUUUGCCUUGGUUUAUUUUAAAUCAUUCUUAUAUAUUGUAACUAAUUGUAACCCUCUAACAUUUCAAUAGUAAUGUAAUCAAAUAUGAAGGGUCUACUCAGGAGCAGUUUUCACACACGUUUUAUGUUUGUUAUUACAUCAUCCCGUGUAAGCUUAUAUAAAGAUAAUAAGUAUAGUAAUUAUACCAGAGGAUUAAAUACGACAGUGUACAGUGUACGGCCUGUGUGAAAUGUUAAAGAAAGAGUUGUAAAGCAAUUAGAUUUUGUAAUGUCUGGUCGCAGAGCCAUAAAAUCAUUUGUCAAAAUAAAUUGUAUCGGGAUAUGGGGGGACAACGCUCUGAGUGACACUUUUAAUUAAAUUUUUGUUUUAACAUUGUUACCAAGAUUAUAUAAUUGGUGUGUGUGUGUGUGUGGCGGGUCUAUUUUGGGAGUUCGUCAUUUAGUCAAGGUGCUGCAACCUCUAUUUUCUUGGUCCCAGUUUCUGAUCUCUAUGAAUGAAACUGUUGUUUUUGUUCACACUGGUCCCAGUUUCUGAUCCAUAUGAAUGAAACUUCUGUUCUGGUUCAAUGCCUGUGCGCUGUGUAGUUUUGUCUCCUCUGUGCGCCCUUUCCACAAGUCACAAGUGAAUAGUUCUAUUGGCGUAUCGUUACUUUGAUCUUUGAAUAAACAGGAACACAGCGCGCUAUAAAUUACAACAAAGACACCUUUGACCGAACAUUUGUAGACUGCACAGUUGAACAAAGUGUUGUGUCUCAGCUAUUGCAUAAAUUAUAUCAUAUGUUUACGUCGUUUACGCUACGAACGAGGACACCAAGGGACGUGCCUGACGUAAUAGGUAGGGCAAGGUUAGCAAUGUGUCAAGUAUAACCUUAAGUGAAACUACUUCAGGCAUACAAAUAAAGACGGACAUUUUUCUGACAACUUAGAUUGGAUUUUGACGUAAUAGACCACCGCAAUAGAACAAACAGAGCGAAUUGCUAAGACGUCAUUGUAUUUGUGCGUUUAUUACGGCAAACGGAUAACUUUCUACUUACUACUCAGUGAUCGUCUAAACUUUAUUGUUGCAUAGGUAGGCCAUCAGGCAGUUUUUUUGCACACAUGUUACGUGUGCUACAAGCAAGUGGCCGUUAGAUUAUAGCCUUAUCGUGUACGUAAACAAUUCAACUUUAUUUCAUCUGAUUACUUAUUUCUAUAGCCAUUGCUAAUUUUGAAAUGAUUAUUUCCCUUUAUAAUUACUGUGAUGUACUUCAAGUGAUUUAAGUCAUGCUUAUUCUGAUAUUGAGUGGUAGCUCUUAAAUAAGGGUGUGUACGGAUAAUGGCAGCACAUAUUCUUUGGGAUUUUAUGACCAAAAAGAAUUGGGAAUGUCAAAGUUGAAUUUUCAUGAGGAAGAUCUGCGCUCUAGAAGUAGUUCUUGGUUGGAAGAUUUCACCCACUUGCCAAAGUCGAUAUUUCGUCAUAGGUCCAUUGGGGAGGUAAGCAGAGAGCUAUUUAGGGGCUGAUGUUACUAACAGACCAAUCUAGGUGUAUCUUUUUCUUCUGUUACUUUCAACUAAUUGGUAGCUCUGUUAGAAUGCUUGUCAAUGUGUGGUUUCUUGAAAUCCAUGACCAACAGGAGAUUUAAAUUGAGUGUUGAUUUCCAAAACUCCACUCAAGAAACCAGCUAUCAGCCAAGGCUAAACAUAAAAGGAAUUAUUAGUCUUUUUGGGCUGAGAUGAUUCUUUGUAAAAAUAAAGGUUUUGUUGUCUUGUUAACUUUUUUUUUCUGAAGACUUGCAUUAUCUUGAGAUAAAAAUGCUAUAUUUCCAAUGAAAGAAUGAACAACUGCUUUUAAUUUCUGUUAAGCUUUUUUUUCUAUAACAAUUAGCAUGCUGCAUUUAACAAGGUGUUCUUUCAUGUAUACAAAUUCUUUGGUUAUUUUGUUUGCUCACUGCAUGAUAUUAUAUUUGUUAUUUAAUUAAUUUUGUGGAUCAGGUUUAAUUUGAGUAAUUUUUUUUGUUCUCACACAAGAACCAUGGGCAAAAUAAUGCUUGUUAAAAUUCACGUUAAUAUGAUGUCAUUUUUAAAAGCUUUUUUAAGGUAUAUGUUUUCUUAUAAUCCUUAACCAAUUAUUUGCUUUGUUAUAAUUGUGCAAUUCACCUUUAGCUCUUAGAGGUCUUGCAAGGGGUGAUAUACUUUAUUUUCGAUGUUGCCAUUUACUUAUAAGCUCAAAUUUAAAAUCUAAAUAUUUGCAGCCUAAUUGUUUUCCUUAUGCCAUUACUUCCAAAAUAUUUUAAAUAAAAUCUAAAAUUAACUGGAUUGGUGUACUUGUUGCUUGACAUCAUUUAUGGGAUAAGCCUCUUGAUAUAUGAAAUCAGUAGUUUUUAAAAUUUAUUUUAUUAAUUUUUUUAAAAUAUCACUUUUUCAACAAAUGCUUCAUCUUUUUAUGAUACAUAUGGCCAGUUAAAGCCUAAAAUUUUUCAAUGUUACAUUUUACUAUCUGCCUGUUUAAAAUUUUCUUAACUGUCUGAUAUAUUUUUAAAAUUUUCUAUUUCUAGAGUCAGAGAACUUGGGUUGAAAAAACUUUCCAGAAACGUGAAUGUGUUAAAUUUAUUCCAUCUGUCCGUGACCCUACCAGGUAAAGUAUUACAAUCUUAAUUUAAAAAUACAAAACAUUUCACUAAAAGAAUCAGAAACACAAAUUUAAAACUUAUUAUUAUUAUUAUUUGAUAGUUAAAUAUUUUGAACAUCUGGGCAAAGAACUGUGACUGUGAGCAAUAAAUAAUUAAUUGCUUUAAAGUUAGUACUUGAAUGCCAACACUGAGAAUAGAGUUUACCUUGCUAAUAAUAAAUGCUAAAUAUAUUAAUAGGUGUGCUUGUGGACGCAAUGAACACUGGCACAUUGUUAAUGGGGCUGCUAGGGUGGAUCCUGGCAUCUCAGAAAAAUGGCAUCCAUUUAGACACACAGAGCAAAGAAAUACUGAUGCUUACGGGACAAUUGAAUUUCAAGGAGGUCCUCAUCCAAGCAAAGCUCAGUAUAUACGGCUUAGUAGCCUGGACACACGACAGGAAAAUGUGUUGACUCUUCUGUUAAAAGUAAAUAAAGUUUUUAAUAUGAAAAACACAUAAGAACCAGCACCGAUUAAGUUACUGGCUAAAUGUUUAUAUGAAACAUUAUCAUUGUAAAGGUUUAGAAUUUAAUAUUUUUGUAAGCUUAACAAUUUUUUUUUUUUUAUUUAGAACUAUUAUUUUUUUUUACUUGUUCUUAUGGCAGAUUUGGGUUUUAUUUACAUUAAAAUUAAAAUAAAGGAAAUUAAAAAAUGAUAGCAUUUCAUCAUGCAUUUAUAUUUGAAGUCUGGUGAAGCCUGUGAUGUGAAGUACAUGAAGACAUGAAUAUUAAAAUUUAGUUCUAUGAUGAUAAAAAUAGUCUCAUGUUCUUUCAAAUUCUAUUUCCAUUGAAGCCUAUCAAUAAACCUUCUAAAGGUAUCUCUGAUUUAAAUGUUUUAUUUUCAAUCAAAACAUAAAAAUAUGUCCAUUUAAAUUAGCAUUGGGGAUUAGAUCUACCCAAAUUGUUGAUCACUGUCCACGGAGGGAUCUUGAACUUUGACCUCCAACCAAAGCUCAAGAGGGUCUUUAGAAAAGGAUUACUAAAGGCAGCAAGGACUACAGGAGCCUGGAUAGUUACCAAUGGAACAAAUACUGGUAUGCUUUUAGGGUUAGCACCUCAAUUAUAUACAUACUUGAACAUUCAUUUUAAGUUGAUCAUAAUACAUAAUUAUGCUUUCUUUUUUAAGUUUCGUACAAUUCAAUAAUUUAAAAGCAGCAAUACAUUUAAAAUACAGCAAAGAUACAUUUUUCAAAUUUCCUGAGGGAAAAUUCAUUGAGUAUGAUUGUUUUUUUUUAAUUUGUAGGUGUUACUAAACAUGUUGGAGAUGCAAUCAGUGACAGAACAACCAAAACAAGAAAUAAAGUUGUUGCUAUUGGUAUCACACCAUGGGGGAUUGUUGAAAACAAGGAGAGUUUGAUGGGAUCCGAUGUAAGUUUUGGUUAGCACAUAAUUAAGAUGAUUUUAAUAUGGAAGUCAAAUUAACUAUAUGUAUGUUUUGCAAACUUUUCUACAUAUAUCAGUCACAUUAAGAAAAUGUAUCUAAUGUACUGUUCUUUGUUAAUUAUGGCUUUAGACAGAGUUAAGUAGUUAAUUCACUACACUACAUUGCCAUAUGUUGAGUGUAAUUUUUCUAUGUAAUUUCUACUUGAUUAAAUAAAAAAAGUAUCACUGGUUCAAAUAUAUUUUUUUUACAAAAUAUCCAUUUUGUUAAGAUUCUAUAAUUAAAAAAGAAAUAUCAUGAUUUCAUUGAUCAUCCAAAAUGUAUUUAUAGCUGUUGUUCUGGUUAGUGUCAAAUGUUUCUUAAUUAUGCUGUGACAAUGCACAAUAUUUGGAGCUAUAUUUUGUUGUUUCAGAUUGUAGUCCCCUACCAUUGUGUGUUAUCAACCAAAAGCAAUACUUCAGUUCUUAACAGCAAUCAUUCAUACUUUGUACUCGUUGACAAUGGCACUGUGGGAAAAUAUGGUGGUGAAAUCUUGUUCAGGAAAAAAUUUGAGAAAUACAUCGCCCAGCAGAAAAUUCGAAUAGGUAUAUUUGAUGCAUUCAUUCCUGUUUAGAGAUGUGCUACAAGCAGACUGGAACAUUCUGUUUCUAUUCAAUGAAAUAACUUAGAAAAUAAUAAUAUUGAAACCUCUUAUCUGUUCUUUAUGUUCAUAUUUCUUCAAUGCAUAUAAAAUGUAGAAGCUUUCAAUUAAGAUGAACUUUAGCAUAAAUUAAUCACAAAUGAUAAGGGAUUUUGAGUUAUUUCUCAUUAAAAAAAAUUUGUAAUUUUGUGCAGUUUUUUUCCUAAUUGAAAGUUUUUUGCUUAAUUUAGGGAAUGGCUUUAGAGGUCAUAGUGUUCCUGUGAUCUGUGUUGUACUUGAAGGUGGGGCUAACACAAUCCGUUCAGUGUUGGAGUAUGUGACAGACACACCACCAGUACCUGUUGUUGUAUGUGAUGGCAGUGGAAGAGCUGCAGAUCUCCUGGCAUUCACACAUAAAUAUACUAAUGAUGAUGGGUUAGUGGCGUGCUUACAUCCUUGAUUUAUUUUGUAAUUUUUGGACAAUGGACAGAAUUUACUAUCAAUAUCAAUUACUUUUAAAAAAUAUUACCAUGUUAACAUAGGAGCUAAUGAACAUAUGUUUUAACUAGCCCAACAACUUUGCUUUGCAACAUUUUUGAGAGUAUGACAAUAUAAUGAAACUAUAUGAAAAGUUUAAGUAUUUUAUAACAUAAAGGCUUUUAUUUUUGAAAUCUAAAAUGCAGCAAAUGAGUUAAUAUGAUGGGCUGAGAAGUAAAAAUUGUAAUGUUUUAUAAUUGAUAUUGAUAGUCAUGAGUUGUAGGUCAAACAACCAUCAGAUUAUUUGGCUGAAGCCCUUAGUAUCCAGCACCAGGUCUUGCAUUAAGAUAUUUGUAACCAGGUAACUGACUUGGUUAGAUUUCAGAGAGAUUACCAGGAAUGUAUAUCUUGCCAUUUUCAUGUAAAUUCCCAUAUACUAUUUGGAGAAGGAAGUUUGAGAACUCCUCUGCCUUUAAAUAAUUUUGAGAUGGACCCUCAUAUUAACUUGCAAGGAUCAGAUUUGGACUUUAGGCCAUAGGUGGGAUGACUUAAUACAGGCUCAGACUUCAUCAGCAUGCGUUCCACUAAGAAAGAUGGGAAGUGUCUGUCCAAGGUCUCCUGAAGUCUCCGACAAGCAGCAUAUUCAUCUCACCAAUAAGGCAUUUACUACUCCAGAUUUCCUGAAUAUUUCUGUUAGAUCCCCAUUGUGAACCAUGGGGUCCUCAUCCCAAACAAUCAACUUGCAUUCCCAAAGUAUCCGAGUUAUAUCACAGUUUCAAAAUGUUGUACAAAUGAGUCUCAGUGUAAUUUAAGUGGAGAGGAAAAUUUGAAGGAAUAGUGAACGGUCUUUCCACUGUCCCACAAAGUUGCUGCUUUACAUGAAGAAGCCACAGAAAUCACACAUUUUUUGUCUUUUCUUACAAGCAACAGAUAAGUUACUGCGCACCAUUCAGUGAUAAUAAAUCACUGUCAAAUCUAAUGAUUUGCACCAAGAAUCAUUCAAAAGAAAUCCUAAAGCUGUCCCCCACCCCCUGUCCUUUUAAAUAUUAAAAAAAACAUUGUUAGGCAUUUGAGUGUUGCAGUUCUAAGUUUCAAUUUUCUGGAAUAUCUACGAGUACUGAACUAAUUCAUUGCUAUAUUUUCACUGUUACUACAACACAAACCACCCCCCACCUCGAUCCCUGGGGUAUUUUUUUAGAACCCUUGAUUUUUCUAGGGACCAUGCCAAUAUCAGCCAUUAGUUAUGUUGUCACCAAUUCAUUCAUCUUUACCCACCUAAAUAGUAUCAUUUUAUUCCCUCUUAAACUGGCUUCACUAUAAUUUGAAUUAAUUAAUAUUUGUUAUACUUUAUUAGUAGUUGAUUUAGCAUCAACACCUAUAAUAAAAAAGAAAACAACAAAAUAAUUUUUAAAUAAUAUGAUUAGCAAAGAACCAUUAUCUUGUCAAAUUUAAUUUAAAGGAUCAAACAUUAUUUAAAGAUUAAAGUAUCCACAUCUUAUGGUGAUGUUUAACCUGAAGUACAUGAUUUAAGAACUUUAAUAUAUUCAUGUUGGAUGCACAUCAUUUGCAAAAAUAAAAUAUUGCGUGUACAAAUGCAGUGCAAAAUGCUUAAAAGUGACAUCAAAACACAAACCAAAUCAUGCACAUGAAAAAAACCUUAGCUUUUAUAUAUGUGUUGGACUUUGGUCAUUUUAAGCUACUUAAAGCUAAAUUAAAACAAAAAUCUUGUCAGUGCAGGCCUAGCAUAUAAGAGAAAUCACCAUGCAAAAUUUCAACUUUUACUUAGAUCUCAUGGUUAGUGAAUGGUAUUUGGCUUUGAUACAAACAGAUGGCUGCUUAAAACAUUUUUUAAAAUUUAAAGAUUGUACAUUUCAAAACUAUAAGAAUAGUAAUUUUUGUAUGACUUUGACUCACUAGAUCGUUUUAAUAUUUUAAACUUUAUCUAUAGUACAAUGGCUGAACCCUUGAGAGACCAGCUGAUACUUACCAUACAGAGAACAUUCAUGUACACACAAGAACAGGCAGAGAAACUCUUCAUUGAGCUCAUGUUGUGUGUCAAGAAGAAAGAAUUGGUAAUGAAACCUUGUAUUUUUAAAACAGAAGCAAAUGUUUAACCAUAAAGUUCUAUGUAUCAAUGUCUAGUCUUCCAUUGGACUAUUCUUUCACUGGUCUUAGUGUGUGACCUAAAAGCACCAAAAUAUCUCAAAUUUUUAUAUUUACCACAGAUUACAGUGUUCAGAAUGGGGGACAGAGAGGAUUCUAAAGACAUAGAUCUUGCCAUACUCACAGCCCUACUGAAAGGUUUGCAUUAACAUUUAAUUUAGAACUGGUUUAAAGCAUUUCGUUACAACAAAAGACUAAAAAUAAUAGGAGGAAUUCUCUUUUUAUAACAUUACAGGAACAACUGCUAAUCCUGUAGAUCAACUGAAUCUGGCCCUGACCUGGGACAGGGUAGAUAUUGCCCGAAGCCACAUUUUCAUUUAUGGACAAGAAUGGCCAGUAAGUCAUUACAAAUAAUUGGUUGUUAUGUUUUUUAAACAAUCCAGAUUAUUACAUUUACCAGGGCGUUAGUCUUAUUUCAAUUUGAAGCAGUCUUUUUUUAUCUUUAAAAAAAAAAGAUAGAAAUAUCUGUCUGAAACAGAUUUUGAUAUUAGGCUGGACUAUUGAAAAACGUACAUCUUCCUAAAAUAUAAUUAAAACAUAAAAAUAUUAAAUUACAAAUUUAAAAAAAAAAGAAUUUAAUAAUUUUUUACACAAUAGGAAGGUGCCUUGGAAGUAGCUAUGAUGGAUGCUCUCAUCAAUGACAGAGUUGAUUUUGUCAAGCUGCUACUAGAGAAUGGAGUCAGUAUGCACACUUUUCUCACUAUACCUCGGAUGGAAGACCUCUACAACUCUGUGAGUACAUUAGAAAAAACAGUUUUAUAAAGACUGCACAAUUUAAAAAUAUAGUUAAAUGUAAACAUUUUAUGUUCAACAAUGUAUAAACUGGAAUCUUACCUUAAUUUAAAAAUGGUAUUGGUAAUAUAGUUUCUUUUAAUUGUCUCAAUUCCCCUCUUUCUAUGCAGAGACAAAGUCCAUCCAAUUCCCUAAGGUAUCUUGUGCGAGAUGUCAAAAAGGUCAGUUCUAACAACAUCAUUAUAUUAACUAAAUCUGUAAUAAAAAUAAUGAAAAAUACAAGUUUCAAUUAAAAAAUGCGCUUCAUGGUUCUAAACUUAACUAAAAACAAUAAAAUAAAAUAAAGUAUAAAUAUCAUUCAGAGAAGAUGACCUUUGCUGCCAGCAAACAUAAGUGUUGCUUUUAACUUUUUCAUAGUAAACUUACCUCAUUUUAUGGGUGAUCAAGUCUCAUUGAUAAAAUUAUCUUUUAUACAUGUUUAAUGAUUUUAAACAAAAAUCUACUAAGUCAAAGUAGUAAAAAUUGUUGUUUAUUUAUUAGUAAAACUGAGAUUGGGCUUCACAUCACUUUUAGUUUGUUAACAAUUACUAAUAUAUUUCAUACACUUUCCAUUGUCAGCAUGUUCCUUCCAACUACCGGUACACACUUCCAGAUAUUGGACUAGUGCUUGAGCUGUUAAUAGGAGGUGGAUUCAGGUCUGCCUACUGCAGAAAGAAAUUUAGGCAAAGAUAUCAUGCUUUCAAACAUACGGUAAUGCAUUUAACGAUGGUUUUUUUAAUAAUAGCUUUUAAAAAUGUUUCAUGUUCAUUCUUUCUUUCAUUUUUUUUUAAAGUGUUAUUCUUUACAAUUGAUUAUUUUUCCUAAAAAGUAUUUAUGACAUGUUGCUUGUAAUUAUGUGGUUUGUUGUUGAGCUGUGGGUGAAGAAUUCAACUUAUGCCUAUAACAGAGUGAGGUUGUGAAGAAAAUUUCUGAGUUAUUUCAAAGUUAUACAGUUAUUAUAUAAAAAGUACUAAUUUUUGUUAUUGCUGUUUCUACCCAUAUAAAAUAAUACAUAAGUAUAGCUUUACACCAUUGUCUUCACUAACUUUAUUGUUGAGUUUUGGAUCUCUUGUGUUUUUCCUUAAUGACAGAAUGCGUCUUUAGCUGCCUUGGUUAACUCAAUCCCUCAACUCAUGGACACCAAACAAGCAGAAGAUCUAUUCCCAUAUCCCUUUCAUGACCUCAUGAUAUGGGCAGUCCUUAUGAAGAGACAGAAGAUGGCACUUUUUAUGUGGCAACAUGGAGAGGAAGCUUUGGCAAAGGUACUUUUUAUUUGCAUCUUAAGUUUCUGAAUAAUAAUCUAAAAGAUGAAAAUAUGUUGAAUUUCCUUUAAAUAUUCACUUCUGGUUCCAUUCAAAAUAUUGAAAUAUUUACUGUCUUGAAAUAUUUUCUUUAUUCAGCACUUAUAAAGAAAAAUUUGGACAGUUAUUAUUUCAAAAGUAUUAUUAAUAGCAAUCAGCAUUAUAUUGAAAAAAAGGAUCAUGUAGUGCUUAUCCCUUUUCUGUGCAGGCUUUGAUAGCAGGCAAACUCUAUUCUGCAAUGGCGCACGAAGCUGAGCAAGAUGAUUUAGAAAUUGAACUGACAGAAGAGUUUCACCAUUAUGCAGAGUAUGUAACAUUGGAAAAAAUACUGAAUAUUUGUAGCAUAAAAUAAAACACUUAAACUGAGAAAAAAGCUUUUAAAAAUAUUACCAGGUACUUAAGAACCUUGAGAUUAAAAUUUAAAAUGUUACACCUAAAACUGAUAACUUUUGUUGUAAAUCUAUGUUUUAUAAUUUAUAAUAAUUUUUUUAAACCAAUAUAAUGAAUAAAUAGGGAAUUCCUGAGUCUGGCACUAGAACUUCUUGGCCACUGCUAUAAAAUAGAUGAUGACUACACACAACAACUUCUCACCUAUGAACUCAAGAACUUCAGUGAGCAGACCUGUCUGGGUCUUGCAGUGUUGGCCAACCACAGGCAGUUUAUUGCUCACACCUGUUGCCAGAUGCUACUCAAUGACCUCUGGAUUGGUGGCUUACGCAUGAGGAAAAACUCAACCAUAAAAGUAUUUAGCCUUCAUUAUCUUUUGACAUUUAAAUAUUUUACAUUUAUUAAGGUCAUUUAAGAAAAAUAUGUCAGUAGGUUGAUUUUAACAUUUGGUCUCAUGUAAUUUUAAUAGUCAAAGGAAAUAUAAUGAUGACAAAACAGAAGCACUCCUCAUUUACAAUCACAAAUCAUCCUCUACCUCAACUCUUCCCACCUCAUUUCAAGUAGGUAACUCCGACAUACAGUUUACACCCUCUGCUAGGAAUCUUGGUUAUAUUCUUUCUAACAACAUGUCUCUCGAUAAACAUAUCUCUCACAUUUGUCGUUCGGCAUACACCGCCAUCCGUCAGAUCAGCUCCAUCCGCCACUACCUGACAGUUAGCGCAACAAAAACUCUAGUCUGUGCUCUUGUUCUCUCUCGUCUUGACUAUUGCAACUCACUUCUGUCAGGUUCACCGAAACAUUUUAUAGAAAAACUGCAGAAAGUUCAAAACUCUGCUGCUAGGCUUGUUCUUAAGGCAAAAAAACAUGAUCACGUCACUCCACUACUCCACUCACUACAUUGGCUCCCUAUACAGGCACGCAUUGACUACAAGCUGUCUCUUCUCUGUCACAACUUUUUCUCGGAUUCCUGCCCUUCCUAUCUAACUGAACUUCUUUCUGUCUAUUCACCCCUUCGACAACUUCGCUCCUCCGCAGACUCGCGUAUUCUGUCCGUUCCCAAGACACGCACUAAAUUAUAUGGUGAACGAUCUUUCUCUUUCUGCGCCCCCAAACAAUGGAAUUCUUUGCCACUACACAUCCGCAAUAUAACAACCACACAGGCCUUCAAAACUGCACUCAAAACACAUCUAUUUAAACUAUACUACCCUGACUGAUUCUCCUCCUAUAAACCGAUAAACGUACAUGGGUUUCCUUGUAAAAAUGUCUGGUGUGGGUGGAUGAAUAUACCUAUGGUGUUGUUUUGCUUAUAUGUUGUUUUUAUUUCAUUUAUGUAUUUUAUUUUAAUAUUAUGACUAUGCCUCUUUGCUAUAUAUGUACAGCGCGGUGAGCCCAGCCCUAGGCCGGGGUACCGCGCUAUAUAAUACCACUUAUUAAAUACCAGAGCACCUAAUUGGGAAUAACAAAAUUUCUAUCACUAGGUGCUAAUGGGAAUCCUUUUCCCACCAUAUCUGUUUGCCUUGGACUUCAAGUCAAAAGAGGAACUGCAGCUUAUGCCCCAAACAAUGGAAGAACAUCUUGAUGAACUAGAAGAUGACUCAAGUGUUGCUGAUAUCUCACUAUGUUCCAUCAGUGAGGAUCAGGUCAGUGUCUCUGGUGUGAGAGUGUUUUCAAACAACUUUUUAAAAAAUGUUCAAACUCACAAAUUAAAUUAUUAGCUACUGCCUCAUAGAUAUCUUUAACUCUACUUUUCCUAACAAAUAAGAGGGUUGAAUUUUUUUACCAGUUCAUUUAUAAAAACCUGGUAUAUUAUUGAACUACUGUUUUAUAUCUCAUGUGAUUGUGAUACAUUUGUGAUAAGAUAAAAUAAUUUGAAUUUCAGGAUGUGAGUUUUAAUGAAGAUAUGACAGAACCAACAUCCACUGUCGUGCCAAAGAGUCCAACUAAAGAAAAUGGCCAUGCUGAAAACCCAGAUGGGAGUAAAACACUUGACAAUUGGUUCUCUCAUAUGCCAUUUGGUAAAAAAAAGAAAAGCCCUUUGAGGAUGGGUAAAAAGGCUUAUGAGUUUUACAAUGCUCCAAUAACAAAGUUCUGGAUUCAUUUUGUAAGUAGUUUUAGAAAACUAAUUGUAAAUACCAGGGUUUCAGAGUAUAUCUCCACUGAGAUUCAAAUGUCAGAAAAUGAAACUUAAAUGGCAUACUCUGCAGUCCUGGUAAUUGCAUGUUAUAUUAAAUCUUUAUAGGUGACAGCCACAUUGCCCUAUACAGUGGAACCUCAGUUAACAAAUCCGUUCUUUAACUUUGUUCUUAAACUGAAAUGUUAGCUAACUGUAUGAUUUUUCACAUUGAAAUCUAUGUAAAAUUCAAAGAAUUUGUGGUUCUAACCUUAGAAAUGUGGUCUUUUAUAAAUUUUUGCUAUUUUAUAAUAAAAAAAAUAAUGAUUUAAUCCCAUGUUUCACAACAAUAUAUAUUCCACUUCUUCUACAAAAUUGGUCCCACUACUCUCUUCUCACCUUAGCAGACCAGUUAACCCUCAAACUCUUAAAAUCGUACAAUAUCAUCACAAAAUCGUUCAAUACCUUAUAUUUAGAGUAAAAAUAAACAUACAGUAUAUAUGUUGUAUACACCUCAAAAUUGUACAUUGUUAGCCAAAAUGGUAAGAGUCUUCAGCUUCAGUACUUGUUUUGGCCAACAAAUUUCACUGUGCAAUGCCAAGCCUUUUCAGAAAGUAUUGUCUUUCUAACACUAUCUACAGACUACAGCCAACAAGUUUUAAUUUAUCCAAACUAACAACAUUUUUUCUACUUACUCUAGCAAUUUAUACCUUUGCUUCUUUAACACAGUCACUCCUUUAACCACAUCAGUCGCCUUUAUUGCCUCUUUGUUUUUUGGAAUAGUGCAAAUAAUUCAAUUUCAACAUUUGCUAUUACUUUUGGCAAUGUCAAAAAUACGAAGGUCAUUAUCAUGUUAUAAUAUAAUUAAUUUCUUGACUUCUGCACUACAUGAUUCCUAAUAAUAAAGCUCUUCUCUUUGGGCACCAUAAUGAGGGCUAAAGUAAAACAAAAGUGCAAAUGUAACAAAAGUAGUGUUAUUUAACAUAACAGUGGGACGAACAAUGUUUACUGCAAGCACAUCAAAGCACUGGUGGGAUUGUAUGUGCUGCAGUAUGCCUAUGUUCUUAACCCAAAUUAUCUUUUGUUGACCGAGGAAUUUUUUUUCACCAACCUUGUUUGUUAACAAAAUUGUUUGUUGAGGAGGCAUUUUUUAUCCGAGGCUCCACUGCAUAUUAACAUAUUGUUGUGUUUCUUGGCUCAUACCGAUGUAUUAAAUCACUUCAACAUACUCAUGUUGAUGUUAAGAUUGAUGGGGCAGUUUCUACUUCAUCUAUAUGUUUUUUAUUUUUGAAGUGUAUUUUGCUGUAACACUAAUAUAGUUGAUUUAAAAUACUCAAUGAGCUGAUUAAUUACAUAAAUAAUAGUAUCUUCCAAUAACAAUUGCACAUUUUAGUUUUCUUAGUUAUUUUUUAAAAACAAAAUUUACAGUCCACCUGUGAUUAUUAAUCUAUUUUAAAUAGUACAUGCUAAAAUCUCCUUUGCAGCUUGGCUAUCUGUCCUUCUUAAGUGUGUUCCUAUAUGUGAUACUGGACCGUCCAAAAGCUAUUCCGAAUUGGGGAGAAAUCUACAUUAUUGCUGUUAUAUUUACAAUGGCCCUAGAGAAAAUCAGACAGGUAAGUCCUUACAUAAGUUAGCUUAAAUUGAUCAUACAAGAGAGCAGCAAAUAACUCAUGUAAUUUUAAUUUAUUAUCCCAGCCCCACCAGUUAAGGCAAGCCAAAGCUCUACAUGGGCUGUAGCGCCACAAGGAUGAGAUGGAUAAUUCUACCAUUUCAGCUACAGUUGUUGGAUGAAAUGUUUUAUUUAUUUUGACAUUUUACUUCAUAGUAUUUAGAUCUUGAAUAUUGCAUUAUCUAAUGCCUUUAAGCUUAUCAAUAUUAUAAAUUAUAUUUCAGAUCAUUGCAUCAGAACCAGUGAAUGUUCGCAUGAAGCUUAAUGUGUUUAUCUCCAAAGUAUGGAACAUUGUGGACACCAUGGGGAUUGCUUUGUUUGCUAUUGGAUUUGUUUUGAGAUUUAUACCAUCAACCCUGAGGGAUGCACAGUUAAUUUAUUGUGUGGAUAUUAUUUUCUGGAAUAUUCGUGUCUUAGAAUUUUACUCAGUCAACAAUUACUUGGGACCUUUUGUCAAAAUCAUCGGGAAACUGGUGAGUAUUUUUCUUUAAUGUAAAAGUCCUUACGUAAUGUAUGAUAUUAUAAUCUAUUACCUGUAUAAAAUUUGCUGAAAUAAAUCUAUUCAUUUAAAGUGUAUAACAUUGCUAGAUGAAAUUAUAAAGUUACAAUUUUGUUUAUACACAACUGCUUGCAAAUGUACAACUCUUAAAUUCUCUUAAAUUGUCAAUGACAAAUUGUUUAUCUGCAUAGCACUAGCUGUAAAAUAAUUUGUUCAUAUUAUACAAGUGCAUGUAAAUCCUGUUAUGAUAUUUAGGAAUAUACACAGGGUAAAUAAAAACCUGAAGAAGGAUAAUGGAAAGUAAACAUCCAAAAUACAGAGAAACUUAGCUUGUAUAGAUAUUUAGGAGACAGGAAAUGGUAGUCCUAUUCAAUUAAAGAAGUGUUCCAUGAAAUUAAAGAAUUUACAUAUGUGAUUAACAGGAAACUUAAAGUUAAGAAAGAAAUAAAUACAUUAAAAAAUAAUGAGAUAAGGAAAUCAGCGAGGACUGCAUAGGUAAGGUUAGCAAGAAUGAUGGAUAUGAGGCAGAUAUCACGGAAAGAACAUCUGGGCUUUUGCUUUACCUACAGAUAUUUGGAAAUCUAGGCAAACAAAAAGAGGGGCAAUGAUCAAAAUGUUAUAGUUCAGAAAGGUGGCGGUUCGUAAAAAAAGAUUGGAAAAAGACUAUAAUUCUCAUGAAUAGUUAACUGCAUAGAAUCCUGAACAUCAGGUGAUUCCACAAAACCACUAAUAAGCAAAUAUGUAGGUCAUAAGGAAGAAGGGAAAGGAACUUCGUGGUGAUUAGUGAUAAUGUAAGGAGGCAGAGAGAGAGUGAGUUAGCAAGUAAAAGAGAACAAGACAGGUGUCAGGGUCCCAUAGGUGUGUAUCAGAUUUUUUUUCCAAACUCACCUUUGCUUGUGUAUUGAUAGAGGAAACAAUAGCUGUAAUGGAUACAUUGUCCAGGCUUUGUGGUCACUUCUGUUUAAGUGAAAAGAGAAUGGACAUUGCUUAUCCUGCCAAUGUUAUGUAGGAGUUCACUGAAUCUAUCAGCCAGUAUUCACCCAGUAUGUCCCACAUAGCAUUUUUAGGCAUCAUUGACAUACUUUUUUGUAAACAACAACAUUAAGGCUGAUACAAGAGACCCCAUCUCUUAUUCGAGGAGAACCUUUAAGGAAGUCAAUUUAUUGAGUUUGAAUAGUGAAAGGGCAGGCAUUACAGCAGUUAUGACCACAUGGCUUAGUUCCAAAAUGGGAGGGGUUGGUUGGGAGGUGGUUAUGAACUAGAAGGUCACGUAAAUUCCUUUGAUAUUUAAAGGGCAAAUCUUUGAAGUAGAAUCAGGAAUUUAUUUUAGCUUCCAUCAAAAUACUGGGAUUUAAGACCGUAUAUAUAUAGACAUAGUCUAUUUCCUAACUUUCAUUUAACAACUGUAUAUCUUAAAGGAGAUAGUGAAACAAGAGAUGGUUAGGCUUGAAGUGAAAAGACAGUACAACUAAAAGGACAUUUUGGCUAGAUCCCUUCUUCAGCAGACAAUUCAAAACAAGAAACAACAAAUAAUUAGAAAUUUAAAAAUUCAAAAAACGAAUGUGUUAAGAAAAUCUCAAUGCAGUCAACGUAGCUCUAUGUUUAUAACGAGAAGGGCUCUAUAUGAGACGGAAGCUAAAUGAUUCAGAUUAUGUACACUAAUUCAUAUCAUUACAUUCUAGUCAUGUUUCUUUUUGAAUAUUUACUACCCACACUUUAAAUAUACAGAUAAUUUCAUUCCAUCAUCACCGUUUCUUAAAUUGGUACUCUUUUCUUUGUGCCCUAGCUGCGUGACAUGUGCUACUUUCUCACCAUUGUUUUCAUUGCUGUGACAUGUUAUGGUGUUGUGAGACAGACUGUCUUGUACCAGAACAAAGCAGACAAUGUAUCCUGGCCUUUACGGUUGCGCAAUGUUUGGUUCUAUCCAUACUGGAACAUUUACGGGGAGUUAUUUGCUGAAGAGAUUGACCGUAAGUGCCCAUUAUGAAAAAAAUGAUGAAAUUGACAUUAAUGUUAUAAAGGCAAGUUUUUGGUUAAAUUUUCAAUUAAAAAUGUUCUUUAUCCCCUUAUUUUCAAACUGACAAUUAUGUUGUCUGAUUGUUAGGUUUAUCAUCACUUUUAGCCUUAAAAAUCAUUACUUGUUGUGCUCAUAAUGCAAAUUUUGUUGGCUUGAUCCCCAGCCUGGGCAAAUUUUUUUCUUCAUAUUUGUAUCGCCAAAAGAAAUAUUUUCUUAAGUAAUAGUUAUUAUUAAUUUAAAUUUUCUUCUAGGGAAUCAUUAUUUGUAAUAUACUAUUCUUAUAUUCACAACAUUUUUAAUUUAACUUUGUCCUGUGAAUUUAGAUGCACCUGAUGUUACAAAUUCUAUCUAGAUUAAAUGUAGAAUAUUUAAUUGAAAGAGUGUUGGACUGAGAUAAAACUUUCAAGUAGAUUAAUUUGAAACAAACAAAUUUUUGUAAAUAAAACUAUUUAUGCUCAGCUUUAAUAAUGAUCAUAAAGAAUACAAAUGUACAUUUUUCUGCAAAUUCCUUCAUGAGAAGUACAAAACAAAGAAACAUUCAUAUAAGUAUACAUUAAAUUUACAUAAGAUAAAUACAAGUAUCCUACCCUAAAAAUGAGAGAAAGAAUAAGAGUGGGCAGAAGUUCCUGAUUAAGACUUCCUUUUCGUUCUCCUGAACUUUUUUUUGUAGUAGGAUACAUGCAUAAAUAUAUUAUGUAAAUUUAAUUUAUACUUGUAUGAACGUUUCUUUGUAUUUUGUAUGAUCAUUAUUAAAGCUAAACAUAUUUUAUUUACACAAAUUGUUCAUGUCAAAUUAAUCAAUAUAAUUCUCUGUCUCUCUGGUUUUGGGUAUAAUUUAAAUAGUUUUAGACAGGAAUCAGAAUAAAUAGCUCGUAUCUAACUUCAGGGAGAUAGCAACCUAAAAAAAAUAUCAUUAUACUUUAUCCAAUGCUCUGGUUCUGGUUGGGAUUACCCACAUAUGUUCCCCAAGUCUCAAACAGCCCUCGACUGAAUGUUCAGAGACCUUUGGAAAUAUCAUAAACAGCGUCGGAUGUCACAGUAAACUUCUAUGAAUUAGGCAUAAAUACCUAUGGGUCCCUGUUCUUAAGUUUCACUAUGUCCCCCAAUGUCUUAAUUCAUGCUAAUAUGAAAUUAACUCCAGCUUUCCUUUUACUUAUUUUAGCCUGUGAUAUUAGUGAAAAUAAUGAUGGGCAAGGAAACUGCACAAUCUAUGCGUCAUGGCUGGCCCCAGCUUGUAUGACCAUUUUUAUGUUAGUGGCAAACAUCCUCAUGGUCAACUUGCUGAUUGCUAGAUUCAAGUGAGUACAAUUUUAAAAUUCUUUUUCCUGACACUUUUUAACUGAGUAAAUGCUACGCGUUUCAGGGAACAAUGCAGAACCAUUUGAUUUUAAUUGGUCUUAUCUUAAGAUUGUCAGUAUCUUUUAAUUAAUUAAUUUUUUAAAGAUAACCUAGUAAAUAUCAUAUCUGAUGAACUAAUGUGAGCAUUCAAUGAAUAUCUAAAUUACAAUGGUGAAUGGAUUAUUCCCCACAAGGAAAUUCCCCACAUCCAAAUUUCACAAGUUAAAAUUUCCCACAAUAUGAUUUUCCACAGAAAAUUCCCCACAUGGAUACUUCCCCAUAUAGAUGAUUUCUCACAGGAAUAUUUCCCACAUUUUUUUAGUGUGCUUGCUGCAACUGCAUCAGGGUGCAAAACUCAAAGAAAAGUUUCUAUAGAAGAGUAAUUCACUAAUGGCAAGAAUUCAUAAACAAAAUGUCAAAGAGUGACUUUCCCAAUAUCACAGAUUGUAAACUUACAUCUGUCUUUCAAAUUGACAGUUUUCUGAUAGAUACAAGGGAAACAUAGACAUCAUUCAUGUUAAUUCAUUAUAUAAAAGAUACCAACAGUCUCGAUGUUUAUGUUUAUAUUUGGAUUUUAUGGUUAUUUUGCUUGUGGUGACAUAAUGAAAAAUGGAUAUAAAUUUGGUAAUUAGAUACUAUUUUUGUAACUAUAGGAAUUCAAGUUUAAUUUAAAGACAAAUUUUUUUUAAAAUCUUUAUUUUCAGUGCAACAUUUAUAAGAAACAAUGCCAAUUCCAAAGAAAUCUGGAUGUUCCAACGCUAUGCCCUGAUUCUUCAAUAUGAAAUGAUACCAAUUUUACCUCCUCCCUUUAUUAUUAUCACCCAUAUCUACUUGGCCUUCAAGUACAUUAAACGAAGAUGCAAAGGAAAACGUGAUUUUUAUGACAAUGGGCUGAGUAAGUCACAAGAAGCAUUUUCAAAAUUAUCAUAAUUUUAAUUUUGUCAUAAUUAUAUAAAUUAGGAACUUUAUGCCAAAAAAUGCUCAUCUUUUUGUUAACUGGUCUAUAUUUUUAAAAAAUGUUCAAUUUUUUGUCAUUAUUUUGAAUGCUCAAAAAAUGUUAUUUGAAUUUGAAAGACUUCACUGAAUAGCAAGAAAAUUAAACAUGUAAUACUGAUUUAGUAAAGGAGAGCACUUUGGAAAUGUUAUUUUUAGAAUUGAAAUGAAUGUAAACCAAAGUGUUUGCUUCCAUUUGAAGGGUUACAAAUUUCUUACUUAUAGGGACACUUAUUAUAUUUGAACAAUUAUCAUGAAUAAUUCAUAUGCUACCUAUUCCAUAACAUUUUUCAUAACAUUUCAAAAAAAAAAACUUUUAUUUUACCUAUGCAUAUUUAAAACUUCUUAAUUUUUUAAAUAUAAUAUAUUUCUAGUUCAAAUAUGUCUGAAAAUUUCAUACUAUGAAAUGAUGAAAUUUGUCGUAUGCAUGAACCAUGAUUAGUAAACAUUGGUUUCUUAUUUUACAUUAUAGAGCUCUUCUUGUCCCAUGAGGACACAGAAAAACUUCAUGAUUUUGAGGAAGAAUGCAUGGAAGAUCUGAACAGAGAAAAGGAAUUAAAACAUCAGAAUUCCUCAGAAGAACGAUUAAAGUUUAUAGCGGAAAGGUAAACUAAAUAUGUCAACUAAAAUUUAUAAAUCAGUUUGCUUUUGUUUUACAGGAAGUAAAGGCUUAACAAAAGAUUAAAAAAAUAUUUUUAAAAAUUAUUUAGUUAAAAACUUUUAGCUGCAUAAAAUUUUAAUUGUUAUAUUGGGUAAAUAGCAAGUUACAUGUCAUUUUGACUUGAUCGUUUUUGGUAAAAAUUUCACUUUAAAUAAUGUCUAAUUGUCAGAGUUGAAAACAUGUCCCUACGGCUUGAUGAUAUUAAUAUGAAAGAGAACCACCUCCAACUGACUCUGGGAGUCCUUGAUCAUCACAUGGGUCACUUUGAAGACCUGGAGAGAAAUUUAUCAGAAGCCAUAAAAAUGAUCAAAGAAUUGGCCAUGAAGGAUGUAGAGUGUUGUGAGGAGUCUGUAAGUUGAUUUAUUCUUAAGUUAACUUUUGAAUUUAUGACGUCACGUGUUUGUAAAGUUCAGAAUAAUGUAUUUGAAAAAAACAAGCAAACUCAGAACUAAUUUAUUUACUAACUGAAAGUUCUUGUGCCAGAUCACAUUCUUUAUGUUCAUAAUUUUCAGCUAAACCUGGGGUUGCCCGACACAUCUCCUUACAGUAGGAGGAAGCGACAAUCUAAUGCAAGCAAUUUUAGCUGUUCAGAAGCCACUGAAGACAAGUUUACUGAAGAAACUGCAGCUCAUAAACUUCCUGAGUCAGUUAAAACUUUUAAUUAUUUUUAACAAAAUUUUAAUUAUUGGUACUGUUCUAUUUGUUGAUGAAAGCUUCUUGCCAACAUGUAUGAUGUUUUCAGGUUUUCCCCCAGCCCUUGUGUUUUAUAUUUCCUUCUUAGAGCUUUAAAGAAUAUUAGGUGACAAAUAAAUGUUUAGGUGACAAAUAAAUGUAUAAGAAACAAAAAAAAACUUAAGCAAAAUUAUAUUAAUGACAACCCUGUUCUAUUUUCAGAUAUGCCUUUGGUUUCUUAAGUAAUAAUACUUUGGAAAUACAAGAAAAUGAAAUGGGUCAUUUUAUUGGUGAAAGUGCCGAGCUUCAUGAAGGUGAAUUAAUGAAGUCUAGAAAACUAGGUGAUGUCAAAUUCUUUAUUGGCUUAAGCACUGAAGUUCUAAACACUUCAUGUGGUGAUACUAAAGAAAAAGGUGAUCACACAGAUGAACUAAAAUCUGAGAAACAGAAAGGUACUACUGAUGUUGGCCAAGUAAAUUCUUCACCCAUUAAAUCAGACAGAGAUGUUAGCCUUGAUGAACUUGAAUUCGCUAUUCCUAUAGAAUCCCCUGUUCUACCAGCCACCAAGACUCCUGCUGCAGCCUUGUAUUCCAGAAGGGGCAGAAACAGCUUAACUAGUCAACCGCUCAAACUCAAUACAACACUGGCCGCCUCUACCUUCAUCCCCUGCUCAAUGCCCCAGUCCUCUGCCUACUUCACGGCUCAGAACACAGAUGCCAUAGCAACAGCGGCGGUGCACGAUCUGACGUCCAUGUUCACACCAUUGAUAGGAGAGUACACUAGCAUCACUGACAACAUUGACACAUCUUGUCUGAUGGACUGCUCCCCGCCCUGUUCACCUGUGCCAAACGCUGGAAUCAUUUUCUCAGUUUCUGAGAGCUACUACGAGGGAGACUCACCAGCAGAAAGUAAACAGUUGGAGCUGAUGAAAGCUGAAGAGAUGGAGCACCAAAGAAUGGAGCCACUGAUUCGUCACAGGCUGAGACAACUUUCUCAGGUCAGUCUAGAGAUAAGUUGAUUGUAUGAAGUAAGGUAUCCAGGAUUUAACGGUAUUUUCCUGUUAAAAUUAAAACUAUUUAAUCAUAUUACUUUAAUUGUUUAAAAUUAAUUAACAGCAUUAAAAAAAAUCAAAAUCAUUUAAAAAGAUUGUGUUUGUCAUUUUUAGCAAAGCUGUCUGUAGGCUUCACUUUUCAUGUGUUUAUUCUAAAAUAUUUUAAAAGAUUUUGUCUCCAGGAUAGCAAUGCUUUAGUACUUCGUUAUUAUUAUUUUAGUAAUUUUCCUAGAAAUAGAUAGAAAGAUAAAACACCUGAUAGCAAUAUUAUUAAACUUUUAGCCUUGGAAAAGUUUUUUUGCUAUUUCUUGUUAUAAUUUUCUUUUUUAAAAAACUUGCUUUCUUCUUUCCUUACCUAUGAUAGGAUGACAGGGGCAGCAUAAGUGACAUAGCAAGAGUUGUAGUUGCAGAGCUGUCAGCUGAUAAGGGCACAUCUCAAGAUAUAAAUGGAUCAGAGGAGGCCUCUAUGUUAGCUGAAGAAGAACUGCAGGAACAACUAGCAGAAGCAAUAAAUGCCACAGGUGAAGAAACUUCUGCCUCUGACACUUUUGAGGGGUAUGAUAGGCAAAAUGUGAAUAUGUCAAAAGUCAAGCCUGAGGAGUUUAGCUUGUCUGAAGAUGCAGAGCAAUGUCUUUCACCUGAACCAAACACAGCUCAAGGUAAAUAGUUUUUGCCAGGUGUAUGCCACCAAACAUCUCACUCACUCUGCUAAAUGAUGCUGAUCAUAUUUUCUUACUUUUUAAAAAUAAAUUACAAAAUUUACCUUAGAUCCACACAGAUUGCUUAUUUCCAAUGUUAUGCAGUUGGAUAUGAGCCUCACCUAUUCAAUGCCACAGAAAUGGUAAUCUAGAUGAGCUUUUUAACAUAUUUGGAUUCCAAUAUUCUUCACCUUGCAUUAAAAUCUGUGUCCAAACCCCCACUUCCCUUUUUCCACCCCCACUCUCUCUCUCUUUAAAUUUAUUUAAAAUAUGUUAAUAUCUCUUGAUUCUUCUGACUCUUCCAGAUAAGACAGUAUUACAAAGUACACGUUGUUGAUGAAAGUGUAUUAUAGCACGUUGAUCCCCAUCAAUACAAUUGGGCUUAAGGUGUGUUCAACAGCAUCUGUCUUCUACUUAAGCAAUAUUAGUUUUUUGAUCUGCCUAGGUAUAGACUGUAGAUGGUUUGGUGAUGUUAUUGUUGAGGAAAUGGAACAGAUGAAACUGGUGUUUGGUAGUAAUAUAAGUUAUUCUAUGUCCAAAGUCAUUUAACGUGAGACGUGCUUGUGAUUGAUUAAAAUUAUAUGUAACAAUUAAAUCUACUGCUACUCUAACACCACUUGCUUUGGGUAAAAAAAAUGUAUAGGAAAAGCUGCUUUCUGGGGCCAGAAGAUACUUGUGGUUAAGGUUUUGAUACUGGAAACAGCUCUUGCCCUCAUAUGUUCUACAGCCACCCAUCAUGCUAAUUUAUUCUUUCCAUUUUUCAACAGGUUAUGACUGUUGUUUGUUACAUUUUUUUAUAAUGACAAAAUGAGUCAGACUGUGACAGAAGGACAGCCUAUUGUACAGCAAUCUUCUCAUCAGACUGUGACAGAAGGACAGCCUGUUGUACAGCAAUCUUCUCCUCAUGGCAUAAUUGGAACAUAUUGAAAUCCAGUGCUCCUUCUUGUUAAAUGACAGAGGCAGUGCUUGUAAUUUUUGUGUAUCUUAAUUAAAUUGUUUUUGUGCUGUAAGCUUGCCAGACUUGUAAGCCUUGUUGUGUAAAUAGUUUAGACAAAGCUGUCUGAGGUGACAUGAUAAAGCGGGGGACUUUAGUUGUGUUCAUUUAGUUCUGACCAAAGCGUUAUUGUACAAAGAACUCAUUGCAAUGCUUGUUGUUCAGUCCUUAAAUGUUAUCCAACGUGCUUCUCAGGGAGUAAAUAUGAUGACAUGAUUGACCAUGUGUAACUUGCAUGGCCCAUAAUAUUUUUGCAUAAUGCUACCAUGGCAGCGAAGUCUGAACAUGGACAACUCAAAACUCAAAUUUGUGUUCACAGCUGCAGCGUAUGGUGAUAGCAUGCAAUCAGGAAAGAAAAAUGUUUUAUUUUUCUAAGAGCAUGUUUAAAAAUUUAUGUAAGGUAAAAAAAAUAAUUUAUUAUUCCUUAUAUAUUUUAAACAAUCUUAUAGAGAAAUAUUUAUGAUUGCACACUCCAGGACUCUGGAUACCUUUGUACUCUUCUACAUUGUCAUACUAAUUAUUGUAAAUAUACAUUUUUUGUUACUUUGAUGGAAAAAACACAUGCAACAGAGCAGCUGGAGCUAUAUUUAUUUGAGCUAACUUUGACUUUGCUAUCAAUAUGUAAUGAAAAAUGAAUAGAGCCGUAGAGCCAAGUAAGAUAUAAAAAUGAACAAAGGUACCAGCAGUAAAUCUUUUGUUAAACUGUGUGCCCUUUGACUUGUACCGCCUGCCACCCGUUUUACUUACUGUAUUUGUCUUAUAGAGAUUUUGUUGCCAUUGUAAUAAGUGGCCAUAUCCAAACUUCUGUUGCCUAGACAACCAGCAUUACACCAUGGGACAACCCGAUAACGUGGUUUUGAUAUUAUACUCCUUCCAAUUGACCUGAUGUACUCACUUUAUAGUGUAAUUUGCAUUGUUUUCUUGCAUUCGAAUAAUCAUUUUUGUGUAUAAAAAAUGCUCGAUUUUGCUUAAAUAUUGGAAUAAAAAAAACUGUGUGCUUACACGAGUCAAUUGUGUUCCCUAAAGUGAUAAUCUACCAAACUUAAUACCAUUUCUGUGCAAGGUUUGUCAGGGUGGAUUACAUUAAGAGAUAUAAGUAGUAGUUUUAGAGACAUUAUAAAUUAACAGGUUUCAAUGGUGGACAGUGGUUUGUGUAUAACUUUUCUAGACAAUCUUUUUUGAGUGAUUGCAUCAUCAUGUCUGCCUUUUUUACCCACAGAAAGUUCAACAGUUUGAAACUAUUUUUAGCAACACUAGCGUGAAUGAAAAUAGUUGCUAACUUACCGAUAACAUGAUGAUA